GGAUGAACCUUCUCACUGGCCUCAUUUUCUGCUCCCUGGCCCUGGGGGUCAGCAGCUGGCUUUCAUUUACUAGUGAGGCUUACCGAGGGGCUGGGGGCAUGUGGCGAGCCUACUCUGACAUGAAGGAGGCCAACUGGAAAGAUUCAGACAAAUACUUCCAUGCUAGAGGGAACUAUGAUGCUGGGCUGCUGAAGUCAUCAGCUGCUGUCCUCAGCCCUGCCUCCUGUCAUGGCCUGAAUAUGAAGAAACACAGGAGGAAGAGGUGUUUUCAUGGUACUGGAGUGAAUUCCACAAUUUAGGCCAUUAGUCACAAAAAAGUCAUUAAGACAUACAAGUGGAUGAAACUGUGAAUGGUGUUAUCCUAACAGGAAAACUUGAGGGAGCCUUUUUCUAUUCUACUGUCUAUACAGAGAUGAUGCUACGCACGAGGAAAG